AUGAAGAGCGCCCGCCCACUUUUCGUAGGAACCCAACUGCAAACAGUAGGAAGCGGCGGUUUGCCGGCCGAAAACGAAAGGUCGAGUAACUCUGCCGGGCGAAAUCCCUCUCUUUCUACUUGUUUUCGCUUUUGGCUUGUUUUCACGAGUGCAAACAACCUUUUUCCAGCUCUCCUUGUACGCACCGCAGCUAUGACGGCCAAGAAAGAGAUGAAUAAGAAGAAACGAGGUGAGACAGUUUUUUCAAGAAGUAAAAUUUCCCGUCACAAACUUGAGCCAGUUAUAUAAUAAGCAAAACAUUGUACGAAGAGAAGAAGGUGAAGGCUUUCUUUUUUUUUUGUCCCAAGCUAAUGGAUAGAUUGUAAGUGAUUCCUUGUUGUACAGAAGUUUUAAUAAGGUCAAAGAAGUAUACGUAGAUCCUUAUCUCAAGACUCUCAAAUUGAGAAUAUUUUCUUUUCAUAAAUGUUUAUUCAAGACAUGUUUUUUGUGAGAAGAAAACUGUUUUAGCAGCCGCCUUGAACAUGUCGACGAUAUCGCACAAGUUGACGACGGACGCGACGCUGUGCUCGCCGCCACGAGCGCCUGAACCUUCCAGUGUCUGCUGCAUCACCGUGCACAAAGGUCCGGCUUCUUCUUUUCAGUUUUUUUUUUCAAUCAUUUGAGCUUAAGUUGCGAUUUUCGGCAUAUCUUUCAAUGCGAUCAUGUUAUUCUCUUUCUACGUUUACGCCAUUAUCCGUCUCAUAGAAACAGCCAAGGAUCGGAAGCUCAACACCGAAAUAAUAGGUGAGAGUCCUAAUUAUCUCAAAGAGGACUAGAAUAUCUAUUCAGCUGUCGGAUCUUUGAUUAUGUGUUUCGUACUGUGCUUUUCUGUGAUUUUCGUGUGGGGAGUGCUCAGAACGCGGCAGCGGAUGUUCAUUCCUUACAUAGUCCUCGAUGCUUUCCUGCUCUUCGCUUUUGCAGGUUCGUUCUCAGAAAAGUUAAAGGAGCUUCGAAGAAAUAUAUAGGGCUCAAACAAGUUCAGAUAUUAUUUGCUAUAUAAUCGGUGAAUUAAGAAAUAAAUGGCAUUCAACUCUCUAUGAACAACAAUUGAUAAAAAACUACGAGUGAUUCAUCAAGAUUUCCGACUCAAACUGAUUGUUCUGUUCAUUUAGUGGUCGCGAGCAUCCCAACUUUUUUAUUGUGACUAUUUUCCAUUGAGAAAAAGUUUGAUUGGCUCCGAGAGAGUGUUUGUCCAAACGGCGAUUAUCUGCUUCACAAACAAGUGAGCGCAUGAUCCGCCGCCAUCCUUCUUUUUCCGAAAUAUCAACUUCCAUUUCAAUAAAUCGAACCCCAGCAAAUAAAAAAUCAAUUGCAGGAACCGUGACCGCGACCUUAAUAACUGUCGCCGACGAGGUCCGAGAAGAAAUUAACGGAGGGACCGCACUUCAAAAAUCGUCGACAUUCUUCUUUUCAGGUAUUAUUGAAGCCAAUUAGUAAAGAAGAAGACAUUUUCAGAGCAGCGUUGCUAUUCUUAA